AUCCGAGGGGUAUGGUUUCUACGCUUUCUCUGGCAAAAAGUUAGUUCCUGCUCUUCCCAGGCCGUUUCCUGUAAUCGUACAGUGUUGUGAGACGGAGAAAGCCAUGUGUGUCGAAGCAAAGCUGUUUACUUAAAAGUUGAGAAGAACUGGAUGACAACUAAUUAGCUUCCAUCUCGGAGUCUUUUAAACAUUGCGCCCAUCUCCCUGUGUGGAGUGGGCGAGAUGGCAGAUCCCAUCAUGGACAUAUUUGAGGACACACCCCUGUUUAACCUGGAUGCUCUACAGGAUGACUCCUUCUCUCAGGGCUCCUCAGACCCUGUGGAGGAGGCCCUCAAGCUGGCAUUAGGCCAGGUGGAGCCACCAGUCGAGUCGGAGCCCACUCCUGAGCUCAUGGACAACACAGGCCUAAGUAUUCCUGUAGCAGCCCCCACCAUCCUGGACCCUGCCCCUAUUCAAGUCCCCACACAGCAGCCGGUUCCAGUGGUGAGCACUCAGACUGUUUCUAUAGCUGCAGCUUCCACUGUAGCCCCGGCCCUUGUUGAUACUGUACCUCAGAUCCAGGCCCAGACCACCAUACCACUUGCCAGCAAUGCCAGUGUGGCCACCAGUAGCACUGUCCUCCUGAGCUCACCUCUGACUGUUUCCAGCUCCUCGGCUACUACUACAGCAACAACACCACAGCUCACGCAGAUAACUCACCAGCUCACUCCCCAGCAGUUAGCUGCCAUCACACAGCAGGCUGGUGGUAAAAUAGUCAUUCUCAAGGGACCCCAGGGUCAAGCCCAGGUUCUGCAAACUGCAUCAGGAGCUGCAGGCCAGACCGGUGGAAAGGUCAUCCGUGUGCUGUCUGGGACUCCUCUCAAACCUGGCAUGUCCUUACUGCAGGGGGGGACAGUCUUGAAUCAGGCAACCCCAGGGCAAGCUCAAGUUAAGGUGGGUGCUGCAGGAGUGCAGAGGCUGCUGCAGUCUCCCAAUGGACCAGUAAAACAAGUACUGCUCACUUCCAUGCCCCAGCAGGUACAGCCAACACAAAGCCAGCCAGUUCAGGUGCAGAUCCCAGCCCAAGCACAGAUGGCUCAAGGCCAGACUCAAGUCCAAGCCCAGGCUGCCCAGAUCCAUGUACAGCCCCAAGGCCAAACUGCUCAGAUCCAAAUUCAGCCCCAAGGCCAAGCGACUCAGAUCCAGGUCCAGACUCAGGGCCAAGUGCAGCUCCAGCCAGCCAUGCAGACACAGGGUGGUGAAGCAAAGCGGAUCACCCUUGUCCUCCAACAACCUUCUCAGGCUGGUUCCGCUGCACCAGUGGGUCAAGCUGUCACAGCCCAGCAGCAGGUCACACAGGUCCAGCAGGUUCAGACAGCCCAAGGGGGCCAACAACAGCAGUCCCAGGUCCCAGCUAGGCUAGUGCUGGGUCAGCUCCCUGGAGGCAAACUGGUACUCCAAGGAAGCCAGCUAGCUGCCCUGACCCAGGCUCGAGCUGCAGGCCAGGCUGGUGGGCAGCCCAAAGUCCUCACAAUUCAGCUGCAGGUCCAGCAGCAGCCGAACCAACAAGGAGGUGUUAAGUAUCAGCUGGUUUCAGGAGCAGGAAAUACUAGCAGCCCACAGGUGUUACAGAUAUCUCAGGGCCAAGGAGGACAAAGAGUUGCAGUGCCACUCAAGAUGCUUCUGCAGCCACAGACAAGCUCGACAUCCUCGGCAGGUGGCACUGUCUCUGUGGUGAAGGUCAUCAACACAUCUACUACAGGCCCCUCCACUACCACCACCACUCCAUCCCAGGCCAUCCGCAUCACUAAGGCCCCUGGUGAGCCUGCUUCUGUCCGGCGAGUAGAGAUCCUGUGCAAGCAAGAGAAAGCAAACCGUAUUGUGGCUGAAGCUAUAGCCCGGGCCAAAGCACGGGGUGAGAAAAACCUGCCCAGAGUCCUGAAUCAGGAUGAGCUUCCAGCCUCUCAGACCUCUCCUGAGGUGGGAGGCACAGUGACUGUAGUGUCUGCUGCUAAGAAAAAGAGCAGUGGUGGAGGCAGCAAGAAGAAAAGUCCUGUCACUGGAGGCACAGUGCCCAAAACCACAGCAGGGGCUGACAAGAAGGGCAAAGUGAAGACCCCAGGAGGAGGAGCUGGAGUGGUCGGAGGCACAGUAGUACCAGGGGCUGGCAACAAGAGCAAAAGCAAGACUAAGACAAACACUAUCACUCUAGUGGGAGCAAAGAAAAGGAAGAGAAAUAUGUCUUCAGACCACUCAGAUGGGGAGCUGAGCCCUGCCUCACCUGCUGCACUGGAGGAUGACAUGAUUAUGAAGAGGCGCUCCAAUCGUGUGGUAAAGAGGAAGAAAUACACAGAGGACCUGGAUAUCAAGAUAACGGAUGAUGAGGAUGAGCAGGAAGAUGUAGAUGUUACUACAACUGCAGCAGCUGUGGCCUCCAUCAGUGGCGGGUCAGCAGCGCAGUUUAAACAGGAAAUGGAGCUCGAUGGUGAUGGACUGCCCAGCAUGCAGUUCUUUGUGGAAAACCCAAGUGAAGAAGAUGCUGCCAUUGUUGACAAAGUGCUGUCUAUGAGGUUAACCAAGAAAGAAGUGUCUCCAGGCCAGUACACCAAUGUUGAGGAAUUCUUUGUAAAAUACAAGAACUAUUCUUACUUGCACUGUGAGUGGGCCAGUUUGGAGCAGCUGGAGAAGGAUAAGAGGAUCCAUCAAAAGAUCAAGAGGUUCAAGACCAAACAUGCACAAAUGAGGAACAUCUUCCAGGAGGAUGAGGAGCCUUUUAACCCAGACUAUGUGGAGGUGGACAGGAUCCUGGAUGUAUCCCACAGUGUGGACAAGGACAACGGCGAGCCCGUUAUCUACUACUUGGUGAAGUGGUGCUCUCUGCCUUAUGAAGAUGCCACUUGGGAACUAAAAGAAGAUGUGGACGAGGGCAAGGUCGAAGAGUUCAGCAAAAUUCAAAACCGACAACCUUGCCUGAAGAGAACACCACGGCCUCCUGCCAGUUCAUGGAAGAAGUUGGAGGAGACCAGAGAGUACAAGAAUGGCAAUAUACUCAGAGAGUACCAGCUGGAAGGAGUCAACUGGCUGCUGUUCAACUGGUACAACAGGCAGAACUGUAUCCUGGCAGAUGAGAUGGGUCUGGGCAAGACCAUCCAGUCCAUUGUGCUGCUGUCGGAGGUGUACGCUGCUGGUAUCCAGGGCCCCUUCCUGAUCAUUGCUCCCCUCUCCACCAUCACAAACUGGGAGAGAGAGUUCUCCACAUGGACCCACAUGAACGCCAUCGUCUACCACGGCAGCCUGGCCAGCCGACAGAUGAUCCAGCAGUAUGAGAUGUACUGCAAAGAUGAGAAGGAGCAUUUGAUCCCAGGUGCAUACAAGUUUGAUGCCCUCAUCACAACCUUUGAGAUGGUGUUGUCUGACUGCCCUGAGCUGAGGGAGAUCUCCUGGCGUUGUGUGAUCAUUGAUGAAGCUCAUCGCCUCAAGAAUCGCAAUUGCAAACUGUUGGACAGUUUGAAGAUGCUGGAUCUUGAACACAAAGUGUUGUUGACCGGCACUCCUCUGCAGAACACUGUGGAGGAACUGUUCAGUCUGCUUCAUUUCUUGGAGCCUGCUCAGUUCCCCUCUGAGACCGAAUUCCUCAGAGAUUUCGGGGACCUCAAAACAGAGGAACAGGUUCAGAAGCUGCAGGCCAUCCUGAAACCAAUGAUGUUACGAAGGCUUAAGGAGGAUGUUGAGAAGAAUUUGGCACCCAAACAGGAGACCAUCAUUGAGGUUGAGUUAACAGAUGUCCAGAAGAAGUAUUACCGAGCCAUCCUGGAGAGGAACUUCAGUUUCCUCAGUUUAGGGGCAAGCAGUAACAGCAAUGUCCCCAACCUGCUCAACACUAUGAUGGAGCUGCGCAAGUGCUGCAACCACCCCUACCUCAUUAAUGGUGCAGAGGAGAAGAUCGUGGCAGAGCUGCGGGAGGUGUAUGACCCCCUGGCUCCUGACUUUCAUUUGCAGGCCCUGAUUCGCUCGGCCGGCAAGCUGGUGCUACUGGACAAGCUGCUGCCUCGCCUCAAGGCUGGUGGCCACAAAGUGCUCAUCUUCUCCCAGAUGGUGCGCUGCUUGGACAUUCUGGAGGACUACCUCAUCAACAAGAGAUACCUUUAUGAGCGAAUUGAUGGUAGAGUGCGUGGGAACUUAAGGCAGGCUGCCAUUGAUCGCUUUAGCAAGCCUGACUCAGACCGCUUUGUCUUCCUGCUGUGUACCCGUGCUGGCGGCCUUGGUAUUAACCUCACUGCUGCUGACACCUGUGUAAUAUUUGACUCUGACUGGAACCCUCAAAAUGACCUACAGGCCCAAGCACGGUGUCACCGUAUUGGCCAGUCUAAGGCGGUCAAAGUCUACCGUCUGAUCACCAGGAACUCCUAUGAGAGAGAGAUGUUGGAUAAAGCAAGUCUGAAACUUGGCCUUGACCGUGCUGUCCUGCAGAGCAUGAGUGGCAACAAAGACAGUAAUGUCAAUGGGAUCCAGCAGUUCUCCAAGAAGGAGAUUGAAGACCUGCUGAGGAAGGGAGCCUACGCUGCCAUCAUGGAUGAGAACGAUGAGGGCAGCCGGUUCUGUGAGGAGGACAUAGACCAGAUCCUUCAGCGGAGAGCCACCACCAUCACCAUAGAAAGUGAGGGCAAGGGUUCCACAUUCUCCAAAGCCAGCUUUGUGGCAUCGGAGAGCCGCAAUGACAUCGCUCUAGAUGACCCUGAAUUCUGGCAGAAGUGGGCCAAAAAAGCUGACAUAGACAUGGACUCGAUCAACAGGAAGAACACCCUUGUGAUCGACACUCCCAGAAUACGCAAGCAGACCCGUCAGUAUUCUAGUUUACGUGGUGAAGGUGGAGACCUUUCUGAUCUAGAUAGUGAUGAUGAGUACCCACCCAUUAAUUCUAGACAGUCCCGUGCCUCCCGACGCUCAGAGCGCCACAGCGGAGGGGGCUAUGGCCGCACAGAUUGUUUCCGGGUGGAGAAACACCUGCUUGUCUAUGGUUGGGUUCGUUGGAGGGACAUUCUGUCUCAUGCCAGAUGUAAGCGGCGUCUCAGUGAACGUGAUGUGGAGACAAUCUGUCGUGUCAUCCUGGUCUUUUGCUUGCUCCACUACCGUGGUGAUGAGAACAUCAAGAGUUUCAUUUGGGAGCUCAUUACACCACCGGAGAACGGGCGUGAGCCCCAAACACUACUCAACCACUCUGGACUGUCUAUCCCUGUUCCAAGAGGUAGGAAGGGUAAAAGGGUAAAGGCGCAAAGCACAUUUGAUGUUCAGAAGGUGGAGUGGAUCCGUAAGUACAACCCUGACACCCUGCUGCUGGACGACAGCUACCGCAAACACCUCAAGCAUCAGUGCAACAAGGUGUUGCUGAGAGUGCGUAUGCUCUACUACCUGAAACAGGAGGUGAUUGGUGAUCAUGCUGAAACAGUCCUGAAAGGGGCUGACAUCAGGGAUGUUGAUAUCUGGAUGCCUGAAAUGGAGCAGCAGGAGGUACCAGCAAGAUGGUGGGAUGCUGAAGCGGACCGCUCACUGCUUGCUGGUGUAUUCAAACAUGGCUAUGAGAUGUACACCACCAUGCGUGCUGAUCCCUGCCUCUGCUUCCUGGAGAGAGCUGGUCGCCCUGAUGACAAGGCCAUUGAUGCAGAGCAGCACACUGGCGAUGGCGAGCUGGGAGACGAUGCUGACUAUGAUAAGUACUCAGAGGACCCAGAGUUCAAGCCUGCGUCAAGACAUAAGGAACUUUUUGAGGAGCCUGACUCUAUGAAUGUGGAUGAUGAGGUUUCUGUUGAAGACAAGGCGGGGCCAGCAGUUACAGAAAGCUUAUCAAGCCAGAGUGCCGCAACCGACUGGCCCUCCAGUUCGUCACUUACAGCGCGGUUGCGGCGGCUCAUCACAGCUUACCAACGCAGCUACAGACAGGAGCAGCUGAAGAUUGAAGCAGAGGCAAAGGGCGACCGCAGGCGCAGGCGUUGCGAACAGGCCAGCAAGCUGAAGGAGAUUGCACGGCAGGAGCGCCAGCAGAGGUGGACACGAAGGGAGGAAUGUGACUUCUACCGUGUGGUAUCAACUUUCGGUGUGGAAACAAUGAAGAAGGAGCCUGGUGUACCUGAAGGUGGAGAACCUGAUUUUGAUUGGACUCGCUUCCGUACCUUUGCUCGUCUGGAUAAGAAAACGGACGAGAGCCUCAGCCGAUACUUCCGCUCUUUUGUUGCCAUGUGCAGGAGGGUUUGCCACCUUCGCCAAGGCUAUGGUGAAGAUCCAUCAGAGCAUUCGCAGACUGUGGCUCCCAUCACUGAGGAGCGUGCUUCUCGUACUCUUUACCGCAUUAGCCUCCUCCGUCGCCUCCGUGAGCGAGUCCUGCCACACCCCUCCCUGGAAGAGCAUCUACCGCUGGCCCCGCCCAGCUCUGAACUGCCCGCUUGGUGGAAUAUACCAGAGCAUGAUCGUCAGCUUAUGCUGGGCGCCGCUUUGCAUGGUGUCAGCCGCACAGAGCUCUCCAUUUUCUCAGACCCACAGUUCACCUUCAGUCAGGCUCGUGAAGAGUUCAUCCAGAACCAACAGGCUCCACCUCCUCCACCGCCACCUCCACCUCAAGCACCACCCAUCAUGCCCUUCAUUCAAGCAAAGUCUGAGGAGGACAUACCUGGUGUGAAAGAGGAGGGAGCUGAUAACGACGCUCGAUUUUUCGGAGGUCAAGUCAGUGCUGAACUGCAGAGUACGCCUUUGACUCACCGUGAUGGAAAAGUGCAGGGUUGGAACUUCAAGAGGAACAGGGACAGGGGAGGAAGAACAGGAGCAGGAAGGAAGGGAGAAGGAGGGUCUGAUUCAGAUUCAGAUUCUGAUUCCGGUUCAUCAUCUUCUGAACGAUCCGGCAGCAGUGAUGAAAGUGGAGAGAGUGAGGAAGAGGUGGAAAGAGCAGGCAUGAAGGUGUGUGACGUGGAUGAAGAUAAUAGUUUACUCUCGAUGACUCCAUCUCAAGAUGGCCUUCCACCCCCUGACCCUCUCAGAGUCGACUGGCCUAAGGACCGUGUGUUGAUCAACCGUCUGGACAGUUUGUGUACACUUGUGCUUACUGGUCACUGGCCUUCCGGGCGACGCUACGUGUCUGAGGCUCAGCUAAACCCAAGCUCAGAACUGGCAGGAGACAAGAUGGCCUAUACAAGAAUCAUCCGCAAACCCAGCAGCAUGCCUGGUGGUCCUGGGGCAGAGGGGGAGGAUGGAGAAUUCACUGUCAAACUCCUAAGGGAGGAAGGUUUGAAGCUGACCUUCUCUAAGCAGGCCCUGAUGCCCAAUGGGUCAGGGGGAGAGAGCAGUGGUCGCAAGAGACACAAGGACCAAGAGUUAUCUGACCCAGAUGGACUCCAUGAUCCACUGGAGCGUACUCCUCGACGCAGGGACCCUCCCACAUGGCUAAACGAAAACCCAGAUUAUGAGGUGGAGGGAGACAUGCUGGAGCUUCUUGUGAACAGGAGCAAGAGAAAGAGGAGGAGGAGGGCAGAUAAAGCCCUGACAGGCAGUGAGAAGGUCAAGGUCAUUAAUAUGAGGACCGGAAAGAAGGUUGGAGCUGCUUUUUGUCCAAUGCUGCAAGACCUGAGGGAAUAUCUGGAGGAAAAUCCUGUUGUCGCUGUUGCACCUGAGUGGUCUGAAACUGUUCGUAACUCUGGCUUCCUGCCUGAGACCUUUUUCCACCGACUGCUGACCGAGCGCUCGGACAUCCCUAAAAAGAGCAGACACCACCACCACCACCGCCGCCACACUCCAGAGCCCACCCCUGAAGACCCCAACCUGGAUGGAGUUGAAGAGGAGACUCUGGUCUCAGAUGGAGCCUACAUGAUGGACGAGGAGGACCUGGAGACCUCCCAUCACUUCAUCACUAGUCCAGACUUUGAUGUUAAAAUGGAGGGCGGCGACAGCCUGUCCCAAGGUGACUAUGACAGCUCAGAUCAGGAGGCGCUAUUGGACGAUGUCACCAUAGCACAGAAGGACUCUGACUCCUCAUCAAGCUCAGAGGAUUGACUGAACCUCACUCGCUGAACACAUCAGGCUUGGUCCCCUUCUCAACAAUGAAUCAUAUUAUUCCUCAUUAAUUUUUACCAUAUUAUGUAUCAAAUUAUGGAUGAACUUGUGUCUGUUUGUUCCUACUUUUAUUCAUUUAUUUUGUAUAGGGAUUUUGUUUCUUCAUGGAAGGAGCAGCUUUGCAACCAUUUAUCUAUUUCAUCAUUGAGAGUUGUGUUCACUCUUUCUCUUUUCAACCCUCCUCUCUAACCUGUGACAAAAUGGCAAAAAUAUGAGCUUUCUUACUUUAUCACUCGUCAUUCUCCUCUUCAUCCAAAUCUAUGAAUUCCCAGCACAUUCCCAGCCGUGACCAAAAGGGGGCCCUGCUGUACAGAUACCCUUUUCUUAUCUAAGAACCUCAAUGCUGGUCCUGUAGCGCUACAUGAAACUGGACGUGUACUGAGUAGAGCCUGGAUCCAGAUCCCACAAUCCCCUUCUCUCGUUGGGUCAUAUUGUCAGUAUCCAGACGAGUCUGUGAACUCAAAGGGGAUCCAGUUUGUGGAUGUACUGUUAUUAUUUUCACUCUGUGGGAGGGAUGGGGUUGACAGGGAACAUGGCAUAAUAGUUACUGAAGCAGUGCUAGGAGGAUGGGUGUAUUGUACAAUGUAGAGCUGGUCAGUUGUGUACCAUGGUGCAAAAAUAAUGGCAAUGAGUUAUUCUUGUUUUAUGAUCUGACUGUAUCUGUGAUAUGAAUAACAGCAAUCUACGGUGAAAGCAAGUUUGUGUGUGUUAUUC